UUGACCUACUUUCAGUGGACGACCAUAAUCCUAGCGACAAUAAUUGUCGCGUUUUUACUUGGAUUAAUUACGGAAAACGCAGCUACCAUAGCACAACCAAAAGCGCCUAAUUUUCAAUAUUUUGAAAGGCCUAAAUACCGUUACCCAUACUACGAUGAAAAUGGCAGAGGAAAGUUGCUCUACGGUUAUGGAGGACCAGAUCUAUACCAAUAUAAAACUUACAGCGCACUCGAGGGAAUCCAUUAACAAGAGGACACAUGAAUUAUUACUAUACAAUGAACCAAUCGAUGAUCUUUCAAUGAACUGCAAUCGUUACUGCAUAGGGUGAUAGUUUGUUAAGUGAUAUUAUAAUAUUAUAUACAUAUAC